CAGAAGAAAGAUAAAAAGUUUGACAUUUCACAAGUUUUGAAUUUACUUCAUUUAUUCAAAGUAAAUUUCUAUUUCAAUUUAAUUUGCUGACAAUUGACAAAGGGUUUAUAAAAAAUGUAGGUGCCUUUGUUAGUAUUAAAGUUAUAACAAUGAAGUGCUUCGUGCCUGUUUGUGAGAAUAGCUCAACAAUAUCUCAGGGGAUUACUUUUCACAGGUUUCCUACUGAUGAUAGAACCCGUGCAACCUGGCUUCAAGCUCUUGGUAAACAAGGGUCUUGCUUGGCAAGUGGUGAAGUAGUUUGCUCACAACAUUUCCUAACUGAGGAUUUCAUUGAAACAAGGAGUGGAUUAAAAAAACUGCGACGUGGAGCUUCUCCUUUUGUAAUUAAUAAAUUAGGUUUAUUGAAUGUUAAUCAGAAAUCUAAAGAAGUAAACCAACAAGCAGAAAUGGAUGGUGUUUAUAAGGUUACAACCAAUGUUGAAAUGAAAAAUGAGAAACCAGAUGAUUCUUUGCUAUCGGUAGACAUUGGAGUACUCGUAAAGCAGGAACCUUUAGAUCAAGCCUUGAUGGAUACCUAUGACAACAUCUAUGACUCACAGUUUGAUGUUGUUAAGGAGGAGGUAACUAGCAACAGUUCUGGAAUGGAAAUUAUAUAUAAUAGUGAAUAUGAUGUUAACUCAGAUGUACCAUAUAAUUUAAGCUUCAAAGAAGAAAUUACCGAAUUAGUAGAAGAAUCAGAGUCACCGGAACAUUCUUCAUUUUCAGAUUUAUCUGCAAGACAUAGUUAUAUGAUGACAUAUGUUAAAGUGGAGCAUUUAGACUCCUUCACAAGCUUACCUGCAGAUUGCGCUCUAGCACAUGACACACCUUCGCGAAGUACGGAAGACACGAGUCUUAAUGAAGCCUCGGCAUUGAAAGAAAAUAUCUUGAACGGACAGAAAAAAAGAAAAUUAAAAAAAGUCAAAAAUGGUGUACAAUCAGAGAACGGUUUUUUAGUGACUCCCAACAAGAACAUUGAGCUAUCCUAUUGUAAGCUUUGCUCAUAUAAGAGUAUUUCUAAGGCAAACUUAGAGAGGCACAUGAAUAAACAUAGCAGCAAGACCAUGUCCUUAACAUGUGAAAUUUGCGAAUACAAGUUUACGACAAGAGGUAAUUUACAUAGGCACAUGAGAAAUCACUCCGGCGAGAAGCCUUUCUCUUGUAAUAUUUGCGGUUAUAAGUUUUUCUGGAAGUUCCGGUUAGACUUUCACAUGAAAUCUCACACAGGUGAGAAAGGUUUUUCAUGUUAUAUAUGCCAAAAUAAGUUCACAACUAAGAGUAAUUUAAUGGUGCAUGUAAAAAAACACACUGGUGAAAAACCUUUCUCAUGUGAUAUUUGUGAUAAGAAAUAUUUAACCAAGGGUAGCAUAGUUGUUCACAUGAGAAACCACACUGGUGAGAAACCAUUUUCAUGUGGUAUUUGCAAAAACAGGUUUACAACAAAAAAUAGUUUAAUGUAUCACAUGAGUUCCCACUCUGGUGAUAGACCUUAUUCUUGUAUUCAUUGUGAAAAGAACUACAUAACGAAAGGUACUUUAACGGCUCACAUGAGAAAUCACACUCGUCAGAAAGCCUUUUCUUGUGAUUUGUGUAACUAUAAAAGUGUUUUUAAAAGUUAUUUAGUAACGCACAUGAAGAGUCACUCUGAUUCAGAUUUCAUGUAAUUAGAUGAUUUAUAACAUAAUAUGUGAUAGGUAUUUAUAAUUUUUCGAGUUCAGGUAGGUCUAUUUGACAGUUACCUUAUUUCUAUUUUUCUAAUAAAUAAUAAAAUCUGA